AGCGAGUAGCGUAAUUAGCCAGCCGGAUUUGUACAUUCCUCGUCUCGGCCAUACUCGGAAAUUCCUCUCCUUGCAGCGAAGCUUUGUCAUUAGGAUUGCUUGUCCAUGACUUCAGGUCUUCCGGACUCGACACAUUCCUACACCAUGGCAACACCGGCUGGUUGCGGGUCCGACGGGCACUGGAUCCACAUCCUUACACCGGGGUAGAAGGGACGACGACAUUGGUGGUAACAUGUUUUAUCUCAGCUUGUGACGGAUCGACCAUUGAGCAAUUACAAAAUCACCAUCACUACUCUCUACGUUCAUUGAAUUACAAUCAAAACAUGGCUGGAAUACCACCAAACGGGCCCCCAAAUCCCUAUCCACGAGCCCAGCUCUCUGAGACGAACAAAGCCGGUAUCACUGAUCGUUGCUGGAACAACUUACUAAAUCAAUUUUUCCUCAAGCAUCCUCACUUCAGUCCAGGAGAGUGGGAUCCUCAAGGUAGUCCAACGAACGGGAAGCUGGAUAUGAUCUGGAAGGAGACCCUAAACGUAUGCCACGCGAUAAUAAAUCCUCAUCCAUCCAAUGUUCACGCCACAGAAUAUCGCAAGUACCUUCAGAACAUGGUCGCAAAAGCUGGACAGAUCAAUAAUGCCGUAUGUCUUGGCCUGGGCGAAUUAGCUUCUUCUGGUCGUACCGAAUCCAGAGGUGUUUUUGUCCAACAGUGCGGCAUGUUCUUCGCUCUAUGUGAGAUAAUCGAGAACCAGCAGCACAUACAGUUAGGAUCGCUACCAAAGGCAUUCCAGGAUCCAAGAUUCGGAGUCAAUGAAAGACAUGUGCUGGAAACUCUAGGCAGCCAGAAGAUCGUGUGGCCGCCAGCAGCCGAUCAGCAUAUUGGUCACCACACUUUCGUCUAUGCGCCUCGUUUACCUGCUUCAACCAUGUUUGGUACCAUCUCCAAGCCAGGCAUGAGUCCUGAGAUUUUGUUCACCGUUCCAUUAGAUAGCGACACAUCCGGCAUAGGAAUAGUGAUCGGUAAACAUUAUAUCGAAAGUGUAUACAGAACUGGCGACCCAGCCCUUGAUCCGGAGACUACUGCUAUGUACGACGAGUUGACUCGGUUCUUCAACACGCACGAAAGUGUUCGUUUCAACGGAAUAUACUUGGAUGAAGAGAUACUGAAGGAGGACAUUAGACUGAAGGUCGCAAUAGAGGACGCUUUCGAGAUCGCUACGUUCUAUGUGCGAAAGCGGCCCUUGAGCGGAAGUAUUUGGAGCACAGCAAAUUAACAAUUAGGAUAGUUGAGACUAUUGUUUAGUGAGAUUAGCAGUAUGACAGUACUGAAGGGUGCAUUGAUCAUGUUCUGUUGUCUUGCAUCAUCUAACACAGCUUCUCGCAACUAUUGACAAGGGUCACACACCUGACAACGAUUGGCGUAGAAAUGAACGUGACUUCAUGUUCUAGUUUUCGCACGAGGACAAUCAAACACGCGUCCGUCAAGUUGUAUUAAAUCUCUGGCUUUUUGACCCUUGACCAACUCCAUCGUCCUAUUUCCUGCGAUGGAGGUCUGCUC